CGUCUCGGUCACUUGCGUCUCUGUCGCCCUGUGUGCGAGGGGUAGGCUGUUGUUGUUUGUGGGCUUCCCAUUCAUUUAAACGACAAUUAUCGUACGCAGUCUCUGUCAAUAGACAACGUUGCAGCAAACUUGCAACGUUGGUGCGGUGGGCAGGGCGGCGAUGACGACCCGCUCGGAGAGGGAGAAGGCUCAGAAGCUGAACGAGCAGCACCAGGCCAUCCUGGCGGCCCUGCUGCGGCAGGAGGACAACAAGUACUGUGCCGACUGCGAGGCCAAAGGGCCCAGGUGGGCGUCAUGGAACCUGGGGGUGUUUAUCUGCAUCCGCUGUGCGGGAAUCCACCGCAACCUGGGAGUUCACAUCGCACGCGUCAAGUCGGUCAACCUCGACCAGUGGACAUCUGAACAGAUACAGCACAUGCAGGACAUGGGGAACGGAAAAGCCAAGAAGCUCUAUGAAGGAUUUCUCCCCAAGGAUUUCCGAAGGCCUGUUUCUGACCAGGCUGCUGAGGCUUUUAUAAGGGACAAGUAUGACAAGAAGAGGUACAUGGACAGAAAUGCUGACAUGAGCUCACCCAAGAGAAAUGUUGAAAAGGACAAAGAAAAAGACAAAAAAGACAAAAAGAAAAAGGAAAAUAAAAGCCCUGCUCCAGAGAAAUCUCAGCCGAAGCCGCAAGAGCAACAAAGCAUGGGGACACCAGCUGUACAAACGGCGGCCGAACCCGCCAUUGAUUUAUUAGGACUGGAGUCGCCAACCGCUGCCAGCAAUGGUGAUACUCAGUCUGCAGCGCCUGCCAGUGAAGAUCAGGACAUUUUUGGACCAAUGGUUUCAAAUCCCCUGCCGCAAUCCACACAGGCGGAAGCAGACGCUAGCCCAGCAUCAAGUGCCGACGAUGCAGUGAAGCGCCAGCUGAGCAAAGACUCCAUCCUGUCGCUGUACGCGUCCCAGCCCCCCCCGCCCGCCACAGCUGCUGUCAACUCUCAGGGUGUUUUUGGUUACGGCCAGCCAGGCAUGGCGUUCCCGGGACCUGCUGGAGUGUACUCUGCCCAAGCAAUUUCUGGUGUCGGUGUUGGGGGUGGAGGUGUGGGGAUGCCACCAGGAGUGCCUCCGCCGGGCUGCACAAGCGCAGUGGGAAAUCCGAACCCAAAUCCCAUGCAAUGGGGCCUUGGUCAGAUGACGGAGCAGAUGAGUGGGCUAGGCCUCGUUCCAGCCGGUGUCACGGUUGGGGGCGUUCUCGCCUGGCCCCCGGGUGCCAGUGGAGGUCCAGGCUGCCCCGCGCCUCCCGCAGCUGGCCGCACGCUGAGCACCCAGCUCUGGAAGUGACGGCCGCCUUCCCAUUACCCUUGCCCCCUCACUCUUAGCCGCCUUCUCUACCUGUUAUCUCUCCCGCCCACCUUUGAGCGGUGCAGCACAAAAUGUUCAUGCAAUAAGCGCCACGUCUGCGGUCCAUAACACGAAAUAAGCUUGAGUGCAAAAAGCAAGUGGGGGAGGGGCGCGGGGAGGGUACAUUUGAAACUAAAGUAUUAAAUGUGUUCAGCUGAAAGUGAUACCGUUUCCCAAAGUAUAGUUGCAUUGUUGGUGAUAGCAGCUAGUAGUGUAAGAGUCAUUUCCCUCACCACCGAGCACGUUUACACAAGGUUAAAUGGUUGGAUUCAUGCAGGCCUGUGAUAUUUUCUGUCGGGAGUUAGCUGUCAGUCAGAUCGCAUACGAUAUCAUGAGCAAGAACACUUAAUUUUUGCUGGUCUUGUAGGCAAGGAUUACCCCCAUGAGAUAGUGUCUAACGAUCCCUUUGAAAUAAAGAAAAAAAUGUAUUCAAAGGAAUCUCACUUGCAAUAAAGUCUAUAAAUACAUCCGAUUUUAUUAAUUUGUGCAAUUAAACAAUGGUGAUGGCAGUGAUGAUGAGAAUAAAAACAAGCUACAUUACUGCCACUGCACUGAAACGCAAUGAAAAGAUAAACUGAGAAAAUAAGCACAGUCAUAAGCUGCUAUUCACGUCUGAGCUUACGAUCAGAAUUUUUCAAAAUCUUUUUCUCCCAUUCUCCUAAAUUCAAGCUUUUUGCGUAUUGUACAAUGUAAGUUCAGGUGUCAAUUGGUGUUUAAAAAGCUUAAUUGUUUUCGUUUGAGAACUGGUGCUUUAUGGGUUGUGUGCUCAAGGUGCUAUCUCCCAUCUGUCAUCACUGAUGACGUUUAGCCAUACAUACCUUAACACUGAGCCACCCGCUGGGCAGACUGGAAGGUGUAGUGUUGUGUUGCUGUAUGGUCAACUCUUCGCUUGCACGUCCUUCCCAAACACUACAGACCGGGUUUGUGUGUGUUUUUUUGUCCACCGGUGACGUGAAUCCAAGCUGACAUUAACCUCUUGCGAUAACGUUUGCAUAAAGCAAAUCCCGUAAACUGAUGGCGGACUCGUAAAGCUGUUAUUUGGAAUUGUAUUCGUGAACUAUUGGAUUGCUGCGAUUGAACAUUUUUACCCAUAAUUCUUCUUUGUGCCAUUGCUUAAAUAGAAGCAGAAUGUGUGUCGUAGCAGAACAAAAAACACCGCUUAAUCACAAUCGGUUAAAUUAUUACUACGGUGUAUUGUACAGUGGUGUUUUUUCGGUGUCGUACAAGAUUACUGUGGAAUUACGCAUAAUGCAGUUCAAGGUUCUGGUUAACACGAUGUAUCGUACGUUGCAUAUCAUUGAAAAUAAAACCCAAGUGUGGCAAUGAUCAAGGGUAAAAGUAUAAACAGAAUUUGAGAGUGAACCACAGAAGGGGAGAGUAUCACCAAAGCUUCUGGUCAGCCUUCCAGUCAGCGAACACACUCCCAGAAUGAAUGCAUUUAACGAGGUCCAUCAUGUUACCAUCCUCUGAAUCAAAGCUAAUGUAUAUUUUAUGUUUGUUUUCUGCAUCGUGUAAAGUUGAAGUGGUCUCUUAAUGCUACUAAUUUCGUCUUGGUCUUGGUGCAUACAUGGAGUAUUGCAUAUAUAUAGCACCUACUGAUUUUACUGCCAAUUCAGUUUGUGUAGAUGUGUCUAAGCUAUAACAGGGUAGAAACGCAUACGGAUAAAAACACUAGCUGUUAGUACAAUGUCAAUGCUCAUUGGUUGCUUACGUCUAUAGAUUUGCAUUCCCGUUGUUAAGGGCCAAUAGAACAAUAAACAGUCACUUAAUUACUUGAUAGAAUAAACCAGUUUGUCAUUAUAACGUCUGUUUUUGUUGUGUUACUAUUAUAUUAGCUACCUAUUCUCUGUGUGCUGUACAUAUAGGCCUACAUGAUCUGUCGCCUAUAUUUAAUAUUUCCAGAAAUCGUCACUUUUAUCUCUCAAGUUUUUGGUGCUCCCACUGCAACCUGGUUUCUACGCUGCCGACGUCUUGGGCCAUAGAAGUGCUCAGCUUGUCAGCCGAUGAUGAAUAAUAAUCACCCCAGCCGAUUUCCACUCCCCCACUGGAAUGGGGUCAGUUGAGUUGAGGUAGGCGGGAGUGCGGUGCACCUCUUCAAUUCCUGUUAAUAUCAAGCAAUGCAGAUGUAGAGUGAGGCAGAACAUUCUGUCAGCGUUACUCGCCUUUCACUUACACCUUUUGCUUGAUAACAUAACAUUGCUUUUACAUGCUAAAAUGUUAAACAGAUUGGUUUAUUCGCCUCUUUCCAAUGUCAUCCCGUCUUCCCAAGAUUGUUUUCCUUCUGUCUUCUUACCCCGUAUCCCUCAUCUUUCUCCCCACCUUAGCCCGUUUCCGUGCGUGGUCCCAGGUUGCUCUUGGCGUAUUGCACUCAUGUAACUCAAUUAACUUACUCGGCUUUCGAAAGCACAAUUUUUCUGCAAACCUUUUAUUUGCAUUUGUGUUGCUAGUUUGCACUGACAUUAAAGAAGGGCACUGCAUUGUGUAUCUAUGUAAUAUCUGUGUUUUACGUAGUUUCUUAUUGGUCUUGUUAAUGGUGAAAAAUUCAGCCUUUGUUUCCUUGAACAUCAAGAUGGGAGUAUUGCAUGAUAUUUGUCUCGGCUGUACCGGACCAUAGGGGUGAGAUAUGUACGAGUGGCUAACGUACUGCAAAGAUUCCAGUGUAACUGCGUUCAAUGUUGGCCACAACGCCAACGUUUCAAGGCAAGUUUGUGCUGAAGUGAGUUCCUCAGAGGGAUUCUCCCAUUUGAACCCCAAACAGGUAUCACGAGUAACAACAAACAUGAAGUAGGUGUCUUGUUGUGGUGCAUCCCCGGCCAACGUCCUGUGUGCUCCUGUGUGCUAAUCCAGAAUCAAAUGUGAAGAGUGCUCAACCCCUAUGGACACGCACCAUGUAUAAACACUCUUGCGUUGAAUAUACUGUGAUUUAUGUUUUGUUUCAUAUUGACCAUUCUUCCUUUAACAGCCAUUCGGCUGUAGACCUUGUAACAUGUGCUUCAGAUAUAUAUUCCAUGUGGUAUUCUUGGUUUGAUUCGUUAUUCACUUAUAUAAGUAAUCCUCAUACUCAGGAAGGCUGAUGUGCAACCAUUAUUAAAUGUUAGAAAUUGUAUUAUCUUCAGUUUUAUCAAUACAAUGGUUAACGGUCCAAUAUUGAGACCCUGUUAGAUUGGAAAACAUAGCCAUUUGCACUUAGCAUCAUUCAGCACAUGGCAAGAAUGUCCCAUUCCAUCAGUAUAACUCAGCCCAAAGUAGGCCGCAUUGCAAUAGUGAGUUGGUGUGUGCAUAUCACAGCUGCUUGUGCAUUAUAUCAGUGAAACAUUGUCCGAAAAAAAAAAACGUGUCAAAUAAAGUGUGGUGUUCUCUCGGCUCUG